AGAAAAAGAAUGGUGGGCCCCUUCCAAAGAAGAGAGACUCCGCGCCGUCGCGGAGCUCCACGAAAAAAUCCGCAACGCCCAAGCCAAAAUUCUGCUGGAGGGGCAGCAGGACUGGAGUUUGCUGGAGGCCUCUCGCGUGUCGCGUUUGCUGCUGCUGCUGCAGCAGCAGCAGCGCCGGGGCAGCUGGCUGCUGCAGCAGCUUGCUGCUGAGCCUGCUGCUGCGCCUGCUGCUGUGCGCCCCGUGUCUCCCCCCGAAGGCCCCCCUGCUGCUGCUGCUGCUGCUGCUGCUGCUGCUGCUGCUGAGCAAGAAAACCCUUUUUGCUGCUCUGAAGAAACAUCUAAAACCCAAUUAAAAACGAAAGACAAAAAGACAAACUUCAUGAGCAUAGUUGAGGUGCCCAUACACCUCAAAUCUGCGCCCCACUACCACUGGCGCAGCAGCAGCAGCGGCAGCAGCAGCAGCGGAAGCAGCAGCGGCUGCAGCGGGUUUGGGGCUCUCGAGGGGCUGAUGGAGGUAGACGUCACGAAUGUCGAAGAUGCCAUCAAGACUGUCGUCAAGUGA